AUGGGAGACUACAAUUGUGGGUUGACUGCAAUGCCCCCUUGGGUAGGCACCACAUCCUUCCAAUGGAAGGGUCAAACGGUCACUGGACCUGUGUACACUGAUAAGGAGUGCCUCCAGGAGAUCCUUCAGGCGCAUGGCUUGACAGCGAUCAACACGUGGGACUCUUCAGGACCUUCCUAUAUCCACGGCAACAAUGCAUCCAGAAUCGAUCACUUUUUCAUUAGGAUGAUUGCUUGCGACGGUCAAUCCAAACAGGUCAUUUAUCUUCCACAGGCAGAUUUUGUUCCCCACAAUAGUACUCACCAUGUCCCCAUGAUGUGUAACAUUCGAACCAAGCACAUGGCGUAUCACAAACAUGACCGGCCCACAGCAUGCACUUUUGCCCAGCGAAAUCAAUGCCGCCUUGCGGGACAACAGGACACCCAGACUUGGCAUCAAUUACGUCAGCAUGUGACCGAUGUGCUACAGGCAGAACAUGCAACUGUGUCACCUGAGGUUGCCAUUCAAAGAAUUCAUGACAGUGUUUCUACCGAGUUUCAUAAACUGUUUCCCCCUAAGAACACCAAACUUUGUGCAGUGGACUAUACAGCAUUCCACCAUCACAUUGAGGACAAAUGGUUCCACAAAAAGAGAUUGCGACAGUUGGCCAAAAACUAUGCGUCAGGGUUGCAUUCCGUUUUUCAGGCAUGGCACCACCGCAGUCGGUAUCAGUCUCUCCAAAGAGAUCAGCAACGGAUGGCAAGGCGGGCCAAGAAGAAUCAAUUCAACCAGCUUUGCACUGAAGCUGCAGCAGCCGCCACAAUUCAUGAUACUCAUUCAAUGUUCCUCAUUAUCAAUAAAUUUACUCCCAAAAAGCCCCUGGCCAGAACACGUCUGAGGGGUCCGGAUGGGGCAAUCGCUGACCAAUACAUGGCACAUGCCAUGACCACAUCCUUCGUUCAACGCAUGUGGCAGGGACCCAGCAAGAUGCCGAUUUAUGCUGAUGAUGCUCCGGGCGUUCCGUUUGCAAUGGAGGAAUUAGAGACAGCGGUUGCAGCUCUGCACAACAACAAAGCAGUAGCCCAGCCAUUCCUACCCGGCAUUGUCUGGAAAUGUGCCCCCAAUGCUCUGCAACCGACGCCAUAUUGCGUGUUGCCACUCACAGCCGAUGCAUCCGAAACCUUGUCAGAUCCCAGCGACGUUCCGUUUCCACACAGGGCGUUUGAUAAUGCAGAUAGACAGGCCAUUUUUGAUCAUCUCAUUGCAUUGGGUACUCCUGCCCAUCUGGUACAGAUUGUUGCUAGCUGGCAUGAGAACACGCAUUACAAUUUGAUCUUUCGUGGGGACACCACUUCAAUACAGGUCGGGAAGGGUCUGAGACAAGGAUGCAAAAUCGCUCCUCUAUUACGGGUCGCAUUUAUGAACCUUUUCAUGCAAGAAUUGGCUCUACUUGUUGGCCAACAAUGGAUACAAGAUUGCCUUACAAUCUACGCGGACGAUGUGCACCUGGGUUGCCAGUUUUGUUCAGCCACUGAGCUUCGGACCCACCUGCAGAACAUUGGUCAUGCUCUUGAUGUUAUCGAAAGGUUGAAACUAUCCCUCUCGUACUCCAAGUCCUACAUGUUACUGGCAUACACAGGUACAAAUCCGCGCCAAGCCCUGAAAGGGGUGAUGCACCGUCACUCCACUGGAGUCAGCAUCCGUGUCCCUAGACGGGAUGGUAGCACCACUGACCUGCCGGUGAAGAAGAAAGGGACCUACCUGGGGGUAAUCAUCAGUUAUGACAAUUUUGAACAGCAGACAUGGGCACAUCGCAGAAAAGCUGGUUGGAGUGCUUUUUCACGACUGAGAUCAUGGCUCAGGAGUUCACAGAUUCCAACAUCUCAACGGUUGUAUCUCUGGCAUACAUGUGUGCACACGGUUUUGACUUACGGCAUCAUGGCAACCAUGGUCACUCCACAAGUCCUGAUGGAAUAUCAAGCAACGAUCUACCAAAUGGUACGAAGCGUGCUCGGUGACCACGCCUAUGUCACACACCGCACACAUCAGUCAGCAUUUCGACACCAUCGCAUAGCUUUGCCUCUCGACCUGCUGACAACCCUUGCCAUGGGAUUACAACGCAGACUGUGCAGGCGUGCCCACUUGUUACAUCCGAUGGACUUUCUUCAUCAACAACAGUGGACACAUCUUGAUGACUUGUUGCAGCUUGUUCACUGCGUUCAGGACACGACCGUUGAGUCUGCCAUAAGCGUGGACCCUGCUGAUCGGGUUGCACUCCAAACCAGGCACCAAUGCCCGCAUUGUUCCUUCCAAACAGACUCAGUGGCAAACAUGAGACGACACCUCACCUACAAUCACCAUGUCACACAAUACCGCACUGCACCCACAUCACCUUUGGACAUGAUGGUCAAUGGAUUGCCCAAGUGUCGGAAUUGUAUGCACACGUUUGCUACCUGGAAGAAUUUUUUUGUCCAUGUUCAACGCAAUUGUUGUCAGGUGACUUCCGACAUGGCUGAUCCUGGAGUCAGACUGCAGCCACCAGCGGCUACAGAAGUGGUUCAACAGCAGUUCCAUAUCGCCACCCAGGCGUUCUGGCCUGACCUUCAUAGCCAUCUGUUGACUGACGAUUGGACAGGCUUAGGACAACUGGACCCGGCAUUGGCACACUUAGCUCACCAUUGUGCCAUCUGCGGAACAUGGUGUAACCGUUUCCAAGAAAUGCAUGGCCAUUAUCGGCUGUAUCACCCGGAUCAACUGCGAGGAGGAGUCGCCAAAGGCGCUCAGCUGUCUCACAUCCUGCAAUUGGUUUCACCUUGUGCAUGGUGCAAACGACCCUUCAGCCGCAUCCAUAGCUGCCCGGUGACCUUGCAGGUAGGGAUUUUGAGACUACAGCUGAUGGAACCGGACCAUCGACGCCAGACGACCAUGACAUGUGAAAUUUGCAUACAACAGUUUGAUGACAGCAGUCAACUGUAUACACAUCUUUCGCAAGAUCAUGGCAUGACAUUGAACGACUGGCUCCCCUCGAGGGACUCACUUCAGGGACAAGACCAAUGUCGACACUGCCAUGCCCAGUUUGACAGCCGUUCAGGUUUACGGCGUCACAUCACUGAGGGCAGAUGCGAGGCUUUUGACCCGACAGCAUCUCAGAAUCCCCUGAACAAUUCACAGACCUGGACGGCCUGGCUGAAGGGAGGCGACUUCUCAUCUGGUUGUCUCACAGCACACCAACGCCUCCAGCUGACCAUCACAUGUCAGUUUUGUGGGACCAAGUACCAAAGGGGAGGAGAUCUAGUUGCUCAUCUACUCCAAUCUCAUGGGGAGCAAUGGCAACAGUCCCAGACCAUGCUUCGGUUUCUGUUACAAGCAGUGAUGGCAACUCGUGGCUGCAUUUGCAACCCUCAAACCAACGAAGUUGGCCUGGCUCACAUCUGCACGCCGCUCAGACAGGUGGCCAUGUUGAUGAGCUCCUGCGAUGUUCAGCUCUUGGUGCCACAGCAGUUUCAAGCAGUUCAGCUGGACGAAACCUUGUCAUGCCUGCGCAAUGCCAACCUGACGCAUCGGCUGACACAGAUCCUGGUUUCACGUGACUUUGCCCGUCUCUGGACUGAUUCUGAGGUGAUGGCAGGUCUUCGCACCCAAUGCAUGCAGUGCGGUGGACACUACCAACCGACAGAACUGUUGCGACAUUUGCUCACGGUGCACCCUCAAGCCUGUGCGUGGGCAACUCAGAUUGCAUUCCAGCUGUAUGACCCCAUGCAACACAGUCAAAAUCAGGAUUUCAGAUGUGACUGCUGCACACAAGUUUUCAAUUUGCCGGGCACGCAGACUGACUCAUUGCCUGACCGCCUGCACAUCCAAAGGAGUCAUUUUGUCUCAAAUUGCCCUGUGGUUUUGCAGAUUGCCAUCCUCCUGCACCCCAUCCAUGGACGCGCUGAUGGAUCCCAACGACCAGGCCCUGAUGGAGGGAUUGAGCGCCUUGGGCCCUUUGCUGCUGGGCAAUCGGCGGCAACAAGAGGUUCUCGCCGACGAGCAGCACACCAAGCGCCACAAGGCCAGAGCCAAAAACGACUCAGACGGCCCCUCCCAGGAAGCCGUCACCUCGAUGCUGCGGCUGAUGGCGCAACUGAUCCUCAGCCACGAAAGAAGUCUGCAGCUCAGCCAGCGCCAGGACUGCUUCGUUAUGUUCUGCCAAAACCGCCCGGAGGGCAUUGUGCCACACCUCACAUGCCUGGCCAGCAAAUGGCGGGAGGAAUGGCCGAAGCAGCGGGACAACCUGAGUUGGCCCAACCUGCGCACCUACUUGCUGCAGGGAGUCAUCAAGGAGCUCCGACGCCGGGUGCAACAACUGGCCAGCAGCAAACCAGGGGAACAACUCUGGGACGUGGCACUGAGCAAGGGCACGAUCCUUCCAGAUGGAGCAUGGGGCUACCAGAAGUGGUCGGUGGAAACCAAGCAAUUGGUCAAAGCCCCGAAGAAGCCCAUGCCGAUGGCGACCAUGCUCAGAACUCUGGAGACGCUGGAGGACCUCCUGGACAGCAAUCAACAUGUCGUUCAGUUCAGGAGUUUGCGGACGGAUCAAACCACGAUUCCCUGGCUCCUCCAACUGACGCACAGGGAAACCGAAGCCUGGGACCUGCUGGGGGAGCUGUGUCACAACACAGCGUGGUCGUUGCUUGGAAUGUCGAUCAAACGCCACAAUCAGGCCCUCUCCAAACAGGCGAUGAUGCUUCAGAAAGCCAUCGGCCAGGGCGAGAACAGGACCAAAGGCAAGGGGAAGGGACGCGGUGGUGUGUCGUCCAAUUAGACGCACCUGCACGACAAGCCCUACGUGCCAAGGCUCUUCAACUUGUCCUUGAAAAUCCAGGAAAUGCCUGCUAUGCAAACAGCUCUUUUCUUGCACUGAUUUGGGCCACUUUGUCCAGGCAGGAGUUCAGUUUUCAAGAUUGGGGACCCCGAUCCACCAUCCUUCAACAAUUGUUGCAACAUGGCAAUGGCACGCCUUUUUCCCUGGCUCAUGAACAUUGGUUUGAUCGGCUGAUUGAUGGGUGGAUCGAGGAAGGGGAACAGGCCGACAGCGCCGAAUUCUCACAUUUGCUUUCCAGCUGGACGGCCAUGCCGGCCAUCUCCAACAGCUGGGACAGGCGUGUGCAGAUGGAUCAAAAUUUUGUGCGCCAUGACUCAGGUGAUCAAUACAUGCCCUUGACAUUGCAAAUCGAUCCUCAAAUGAUCCAACAUGACGAAGUCUCCCUGGUCACCCUUCUCAGGUCAUGGAACACAGAGCUGGGAAUGCAGGCGGGUAUCACGGACCCGGAGGACCUGAUAUUGCUCCACAUCGAUCGCCUUGUGAUGACACCCAAUGGUAAUCUCACCAAGAGCCAUGCAGCUGUCACGUUUGGUUGGGAGGUACAGAUACCGGUUGGGGCCACCCACCACAUUGACUGGACUUCCUACACGGUAGUCGCCUGCAUUGCACACCAAGGAGAUUCCCAACGCGGUCAUUACCAAUGCAUGUUGCGCACCUUUCCCGAGGUGUCCGACUUGGCUGCCCCGGCAAUUUGGAUGUCAUGUGAUGAUGGCAGGGCCCCACAAAAGUGCCUCCUGUUGCCUGACCAUUUCACCAGAGGUCUCACAUGCUUAUGGCUCUGCCGCACAGACAAGGUAGAACUUCAUCGACUGCCGCCAGUCAGUAUGCCGGAUGACACCGCCAUCCUUACACUGUUAGCCACACAGCCUGAUCCGGAACCAUGA